CGGCAUGCAGUAGCUGAGCUAUAACCGUGCCGGCCCGACCUGCGCGAGUAGUCGCACCGCAACCCGCACCGCCACCACAACCAUGAUUGUCGUCGCGCUCGUGGCCAUCGCGCUUGUUGCGCUUUACUUUUACAACGUCAGAAACUUCAACUACUGGAAGGAAAGAGGAGUAAAACAUGAAAAACCAAUACUAUUAUUCGGCACCAACGCCAAAAAUUACCUGCAGAAGCAAAGUGUCACAGAAAAUUUAAUGGAAUUGUAUUGGAAGUAUCCCGACGAGAAAGUGGUCGGAUUUUACAGAUCCACAGACCCAUGUUUGCUAGUGAAGGACCCGGAGAUUAUUAAGCGGGUCCUGCAGACAGACUUCAGCAUGUUCUACCCUCGGGGCUUGAACCGUGUGAAAGGGCACGAGAUCGAGCCGAUGCUGCGCAACCUGUUCUUCGCGGACGGCGACACGUGGCGCCUGCUGCGGCAGCGCAUGACGCCGGCGUUCACGAGCGGCAAGCUGCGCGCCAUGUUCCCGCUCAUCGUGGAGCGCGCCGAGAGCCUGCAGGCGCGCGCGCUGGCCGCCGCCGCCGCCGGCCGCACGCUCGACGCGCGCGACCUCAUGGCGCGCUACACCACCGACUUCAUCGGCGCCUGCGGCUUCGGCCUCGAGGCCGACUCGCUCAACGAGGACGACUCCGCCUUCAGGAAACUCGGAGCGAAGAUAUUCCGAUUUAGCGUAAAGGACGCUAUUAUUAUUAUGCUUAAGGAUUUCUUUCCGCACCUACUUAAACGUGUUCACACUCUUAAAAGGGUUGAGGGUGAAAUGACUGAUCUAGUUAGAGUUAUAUUAAAACAAAGAAAUUACCAGCCAUCUGGCAGAAAUGACUUCAUUGACUUAUUGCUAGAAUGCAAAAAGAAAGGUACGUUGGUUGGGGAGUCUAUAGAAAAAAGGAAAGCGGACGGAACACCUGAAACCGCGACUUUAGAACUGGACGACGUUCUCAUGACUGCUCAAGUGUUUGUGUUUUUCGCCGCGGGCUUCGAGACGUCGUCGUCCGCGACCAGCUUCACGCUGCACCAGCUGGCGUACCACCCAGAGGUGCAGAAGAAGGUGCAGGAGGAUAUAGACAGGGUGUUGGCCAAACAUGACAAUAAACUGAGCUACGAGGCUGUCAAAGAGAUGACGUAUUUGGAUUGGGCCUUCAAAGAGGGUAUGAGGAUGUUCCCCUCGCUCGGAUUCUUGGUUAGGAAAUGUGUGGGGAAAUACACAAUUCCCGAGAUAGGACUGACGAUAGACGAAAAAGCUAGGAUUUGGAUUCCUGUUCAAAGCUUGCAUAUGGACCCGAAGUACUUCGACAACCCUGAGGAGUUCAGGCCAGAGCGCUUCCACCCCGACUCAUACGACAGUGCAAACUUGAAGUAUGUGUAUCUUCCGUUUGGAGAAGGGCCCCGUGCUUGUAUAGGCGAGCGGCUCGGGCACAUGCAGUCGCUGGCGGGGCUGGCGGCGAUACUGUCGAGGUUCACGGUGGAGCCGGCGCCGGAGACGGUCCGCAAGCCGGCGGUGUCUCCCAACGCAGGCAUCGUCCAGAGCAUCCAAGGAGGCAUCCCGCUGCUGUUCAAAGAACGGAAAAUUAAUAAAUUAUAGUUUUAAUCUCAUCCAUGUUAUAGUUAAGUUUGUGGUCUCUUUUAAACGCUGUAGACCGUUUCACAAUGCUUCUAUGGAAAUAUCACAAAUUGUGACGCGGCCUACGGCAUUUAUAGGAAAAUGAAAAUUAUUUAUUUAUUCGUCAGGAGACCAAAAGCGUAUAGACUUUUUUAAAAAUCUAAUGCCGUAAGGUGGGAAUCGGACCUACUAUCAAUCGCUUGCCGGGAGAUUACUCUGACUUUUGAAUUACUUGUGAGUUCGAUUCCCACCUUGAGCAAUUCGAUUUUUUCAAAUUAUUAAAAUCUAGUUUGUAAUGAAACUCUCAUAGUUAACAAAAUAUUAUUAUUAACUAACGCUAAUGGAUUUUAGCAAAAUUAGACAAACAGAGACAGAAAUAUCACAGUGAUUAGACAUCACUGAGGCUGAGUUGCACCACCUAACUUUAACGGUAACUAUGACGAUAACCGGUGCUUUUUCUAUGGAGUUUGACAGAUUUUUGACGUUUGUCAAAGUUAAAGUAAGAUGGUGCAACUCACCCUGAGACAGUUGAGUCUUUGUUUCGCAAUCAUUUGUUUACGAGAUUGUAAAAGUCUAUUGCCACGGAUUAUUAUAUCUUUUGCAUUUAUCUAAUGUAAUGGAUAACGACUGAACAAAUAGGUACCUUUACAAUUACAUUAAGAAAUGUUUUUGUUAAAUAAAAAUUUAUAAUGUG